AGAAAAUAGAUUAAACCCAAAACACACAAACACAAAAAUAAAGAAAAAGCUCUCAUUAGAGAAAUAGGCCACAAACAAGUCAGUAUCCCACGUGCAUCUGGGAACUCGACCCCUCUCUCUGCCACAACCCACUCUCUUCUCUUCUCCUUCAUUUCUCUCUUUCUCCACCAAUCUCUCUUUCUCUCUCUCAAAAGCAGAGAACCAAAAUAAUAAUACUCAAAGCUCAAAGCUUUCUCAUCUCACACACACAGAAACAGAGGAAGUAAGUUUUGGUUUUUGGUUAUCAAUGGUGGAAGUGAAAGAUCAAGAUAUGGGUGAUGGUAUGCAAUGUAUAAACCAUCCAUUUACUAAAAACCCAGGUGGGAUCUGUGCCUUUUGUCUUCAAGAAAAGCUUGGAAAGCUUGUAACUUCAUCUUUCCCACUUCCUAAACACCUCUCUUCUUCUUCAACUUCUUCUUCUCCUUCCUUCAGAUCUGACUCUGUUGGUAGUACAACCACUGCCUCUGCAGCUUCUCUCUCUCUCUCCGUCUCCGGAGCAACAAACAACAACAAGCUUCCGUUUUUGUUAGCUAAGAAGAAGAAGAAGAUGCUUACUGCUUCUUCUUCUGCAACCACGGCGAAUAUUGUUUACAAGAGAAGUCAAUCUACGAGGACGACGAAGACAACGUACGGAGAUUCAGAUUUGAGCCCGAGAAAGAGAAAUGGGUUUUGGUCGUUUCUUCAUCUCUACUCUUCAAAACACCAUGGAAGCAGUAAAAAAGUUGGAAACUUUCAUCAACCCACAAGCCAGAUUGAGAUAAAAACAGAGUUGACAGAGACUACAACAGUGGGAUCUUCGUCUUCUUCGUCAGCUUCUUCUUCAAUGUCAAAGAGAGUUGUUGGUGGGAGUAAUAGUAACAGAAACGGUAUUGAUGUGAUUGUUGAAGAAGAUGGAAGUCCUAACAUUGAAGUAACACCAAGUGAGAGGAAAGUGUCAAGAUCUAGAUCUGUUGGGUGUGGAAGUAGAAGCUUCUCUGGUGAUUUCUUUGAGAGGAUCACUAAUGGGUUUGGAGAUUGUACUUUGAGAAGAGUUGAGUCACAGAGAGAAGGUAAUAAUAACAAAGGUAACAAGGUUAGUAGUAACCCUAGUAAUGGUGUGAGAGAGAUGGUGAGAUGUGGUGGGAUCUUUGGUGGGUUUAUGAUAAUGACGUCAUCGUCUUCUUCUUCAUCUUCAUCAUCAUGGGUAUCAUCAUCAUCAGCUGAACAUCAUCAUCAUAAUCAUAACAUGGGUCAUGGUGGAGGAAGGAACAGAAGCUGGGGAUGGGCAUUUGCAAGUCCAAUGAGAGCAUUUAGUUCUUCUUCAUCGUUUGGUAAAAGAGGCCGUACAAUUUCAGAUUCUACAAGCAAGAACACAACUCCAAACUUGGGUGCAAUUCCUUCUUUGUUGUCUGUCAGAAGCUGAAUAAAUUAAAAACUUUGAUCUUUGUGUUUCUAAUAAGUUCUUAAACGAGAAAAAUACAUUAAUAAUUAGUUUUGUCUUUUCAUCAAUGUGUUUAUCUUUUAGGUGUUCUUGAAAUAUUUGUUGAUGAUCUUUUUGAUAAAUCUUAUUAGUAUUGUAAUGUCACACCACUACUCUUCUAUGUUCA